UUGAAGAAUGUUCUUUGCUUUGUGCUCGCUUUUAAAAGGAUUAGUGAUCAACAAGUGGUCGUUGGUGAUAUCUGUGGACUUUGUGAGUCUUGUAGACGAGAUUUCAUUGAGGUCCAGUCUAACGUUCGUGGAUCGCUAUCCUGUGUCGUUGGCGAGAUGAGUCUUAUACUGCAUCUUCUGGGUGCUGCUUUUCAGUGUAGAACAGACCAGUCAUUUACGAUUGAAAUUGUCGUCGGAGCUGCCUUUAAAAAUAUAGUAGGAUAUCUGUCUUCCAAAGCGAGCGCCUCAGGGUUUAUUUGUGAUAGGACAAGUGGGCAACACAUUCGUUAUGGUCACUAUAUUCUACUAAGUUUUGGAGAGAAAGGUAAGAAAAAUCUUCACCAAGAAGCUGUCUAUUAUAUCAAAGGGAAUUAA